UACAGUUGCUCUCUAGUUCUCUCUUCAGAGAUCUCAAACCGCGAGUCUUAAUAAAUAUCGGUCUGAAAUGGGAGGGUGGGUCUGUGUCACAAGUGUCAGUUUCUCCAAACAUGUAAAUCUAAACUAAAAACAAAGUUCAACAUACACGAAGGAGCUUGAUAACAGUCGGGAAAUGAGUGUUGUCCUCUGUGAAAAAUGUUGAACCCGUUACAAACACCUCUCACCGUUAAUUCGGUUUCGAGGAUAUCUAAUGGCUACAUCUAGAGAAUACCAUCAAGAGGAACCCCUACUCAAUACGCUCUCUAUCUCCGAUCAAAAAAUAGCGAUGUUUGCGAACGUUAACAGUCGUUCUCUAUCCCUUGCCAGCAUCAGUUCCGAGGGUAGUACGGAGAGUCAUGCGGUUGAACAGGAAGAUAUAAUUGCUCUUACUCAGGACGUUCGUUCCUUCAAGGAUGUACUCAGCAGACUCAGGAAGGUUUACCAGUCUGAAGCAGACUCUUCAGAGACAAUACGUGUCACCUCUCAUGAAAGACUAAGUGAUGUUUUGAAGAUUCUCCGACAUAUUCUAGAGAAAUAUCCAGCUAUACAGUCUCAUGAUUUAGUAGCUGCGGCAGGGUUACUUAUUAAAACAGUUAAAGCUCUUAAUAAACCUCGGGACAAUGAGAUUGAUGAUAUUCACAUGCAGGAUCCUAAAGAGUUCUACGAGGCCCUGGAUGGUCUCGCCUUGGCUUUCAGCUCUCGAGUUUCCGAAUAUUUAAUGGGAGAUCUGGAUUCUAAUGUUUCUAUGUCCAGUGCGUCCAGUAAAACUAAAUCUUAUGAAAACCUUCUCCACUCUCAUGAUCCCGAUUCAACCGCUCUAAAUUCUCAACAGAGUGAAGAGGAUAUUUUGAGUUCUGACGAAAUAGAUUCUCGUCUCAUGCAUCAUGACCGAGGUGUUGAUCACGCACUACAGAGAGCUAAAAUCUGGGCUAAAUACGCCAAGGAUGUUCUGAACUACGUGGAGAAAAGGACCGCCAUGCAGAUGGAUCUAUCCAAGAACCUGACAAAGCUGGUUCAGGCGAGCAGACCUCAGCUCCAGGAGGAGAUAUUCCUGCCCUUUCAAAGCAUUUAUUGUUUAGCCCUAGACCAGGAUCUGGAGAUGUGUGCUCUAAUGCAGGCAUCCUGUGGUCUGCUUCAAGGAUGUAAGUUCCUGGAACCCCUGCACUCCAGGAGGGUAGAACAUGAGAGAACAAGGAAACUGUUAAAGGACGCCUGGCACAAGGAGUUGAAGAGGAUGCAGGAGGAGGUGAGCAAUCUCAAGAAGGCCAAGACUGCUUAUAUCCAACGUCACCAAGAGUGGGAACGGUGCCGCGACGCAGCACGAAUUGCUGAGCAGGGAGCAGAAAUUGGAGCAACCGCAGAGAACAAGUUGGAUAAACGGAAGAAGCUGGAAGAGGAUGCUGCUGGCAAGGCUAUAGAGGCUGAGACCCACUAUAGGAACUGUGUAGACGAGGCUAACGACCGGCAUAGAAACCUGCUGAACGUGAAGGGAACCAUCCUCCAGCAGGUUCGUGAGCUCCUAAUGCAGGCGGACCAGACGAUGAAAGCUGUGACCGUCAGCUACUUCCAGCAGCAGCACAGUCUAACAGCCUCCAGCCCGGUUCAGUUUCAGACACUCUGUGAGAGCUCGAGACUGUACGAGCCUGGAAGCCAAUAUAUGAAGUUUGUGAAGAGGCUCCCGGACCCACAGAUUAACAGGUUUUCAGAGAGGGAUCCAUUCUCAUUCGAGGAGUAUACAGAGGGACUAGAUAACGUUCUGAGCUUUGAUAAACAACGGAAGUCGAGCGCCAGCUUAGAGAGCAAUGAUGAAUCCUCAACUGCAGGAGUAGGAUUUAAAUCAAGGAUGGCCUGGAGUCCUAGUGUCGGAGCUGUUGAACCCAGUGACACAGAGUCGAUUGAAUCCAGAGAAUCUGCUAAAUCCAGAGAUACUAGUCCAUCCCACUCUCCUACCGUCGAACCUAAAACCUUUCAGAAUUAUACAACUCACGAGGAUCAUGAGGAUAUUGAGGCAUCGGGAGGAUCACAUGCUAAACGGCAUUGUAUGUCUCGAGCCGCCAACUCUCACGAUUUCAAGAAACUAAACAAACCAUCACGGUGUCGAGAGUGCGACUCUUUUGUGUAUUUCAACGGUUACGAAUGCGCCAAAUGUGGACUUUCUGCGCACAAGAAGUGUUUGGAAACCAUCCAUUUAAUGUGCGGUCAGAAGCGACUACCUAGAAAGAUGACGACUUUCGGAGUUCCUCUUGGAGAUCAUCUGCUCCAGGUCGGGGCUGAGAUACCGCCCCUCGUCUGCAGAUGCGUCCUGGAGAUUGAUCAGAGAGGAAUUAAUAUUAAAGGUCUAUAUCGGGUCUCCGGAGUAAAAUCUAAGGUAGAGAAAUUAUGCCAAGCAUUUGAAAAUGGAGCCGACCUCGUUGAUCUUUCUGACGUCCAUCCUAAUGUGAUUUCCAACGUUGUGAAACUAUACAUGAGGCAGCUCCCUGAACCUCUCUGUACAUUCCGACUUUACUCCGACUUUAUCCGAGAAGGGCGAAGAUGUCCUGCUCUAGAGCCUGGUCAGCUUAAACCUGGUGACUGGGAGAAGAUGGAACAGGAUGCUACGGAGAAUUUAAGAAAGUUAUGUUUACAACUGCCAAAAUAUCAUUUGAAAACCCUUGGUUUCCUCUGUCAUCAUCUUCAUAGAAUUUCUCUUCAAUCUGAAAUAAACAACAUGCCGGCGAGUAAUCUUGCUAUAGUAUUUGGACCAACUCUGCUGAGAACCAGUGAGAGUCCUGCCACCCUGUCCAGUGUAGUUGACACUAAGGAGCAGGUGCGGGUGGUUGAACUAAUGGCAAAGUAUGCCUGGGAUAUAUUUGGACCGGAGGCGAACCUAAUGCCCCGGGAUUACGAGACUAGACCUGUUAAACAUAAACACAAGAGGGAGCAGAGUCCUAGGCUAGACGAACUCAUGGAAGAUCAUAGAACAGGAUCGUUUACUGAUGAUGAAAACGACAAUGAACCAAUCCCAUUUUUCCUUCUACCUGAUGAUUCUCAAAAAGUGAAAAAAUCUCCUCUUCUCACACGGCCUGGAUCUCCUCCACAUAUACAACUUGUUUCUCUUAAGAACUUUUCCGGAUUAGAAAACGUGCGCGCCGGUCAGAUUUCCGGCCAGGAUAGUGUAGACUCAGUCCCACAUAGACUCCGACACCAGCCAACCCCGUCCUCUGAAAAGCCUCACGACAAGGACGGAGAAAAGCAAAAUAUUUCUAUCCUGGAAGAGAAUAAAGUAAAGAUCCAGGUUCCCGGGUUACCUGUGGGUAAAGGAUGAAACAAAUAGACGGGAUUAAAAACAUAGAUUAUGAUCAAGUUCUCCAAUCCCGGUUCUCAACCCAUCAGUUAAAGAUCGACAAAAUGAGAUAAAUUAUCACAAGUUAUUAUAGAACCUGGAGCUUAAACUAGUAAUUUGGAAGUAUUUAAACGUGGUUAACUAAUAAGCUCUGUUUAGAGAGUUCAAUAUUU